UGUUGUAUGUUGAUAUGUAUUAUCUAGGCAAGAUUAGUUAUUUAACUUCCCUUGUUCAUCUGAUCAUAUUCAUACUUUUCUUGGAAGUAUUUUUGGUUCUUAGAGUGGAUUGUCUGAGUUUCAGCUACCAAAAUUUCACCAAGAAAAACGAAAAUGAUUUCACCAUUACCGAGCAUUCCAAUAUAGCACUUAAUGCUAUCCAAGUAACUAUCGAUUCUAGUGGUGCUUCCAUCAGCAAUUUGUCUGGAAGAAUAUGGUAUUCACAGCCUAUGAAUCUAUGGAACAGAAAGAAAAACAUCACAGAAUCGUUUAAUUCAACGUUCGUGAUCAAUAUCACACCUAAGAGUGAUCCAUGGGGUGAAGGAUUGGCUUUCAUAUUGACUAAAGAAAGUGGUCCUGACUCAAUCCCGGAUAACAGUGAUGGACAAUGGCUUGGAAUUGUGAAUGCAAGUACAAAUGGAUCUUCUUCAAACAACAUAUUUGCAGUUGAAUUCGACACAAGGAAAAGUUACCUUGAUGAUCUUGAUGAUAAUCAUGUUGGCAUUGACAUAAACAGCAUUAACUCUGUCAAUCAAGUCUCAUUGAGUGAUCGUGGUGUUAACCUUUCACAAUCUAUUGAUGUUAUAGCAAGCAUCCGGUAUGAUGGAGAAUCCAAGAUCUUGAAGGUUUAUACAUUCAUGAGUAAUCAAACAGGAGACAAUGAGAGAAAUCCCAUCAUUUCCAUGCCUCUUGAUCUUUCUAGUCAUCUCCCUGAGGAUGUUUUCGUCGGAUUUUCAGCCUCAACUGGGAUAUAUAAUCAGCUGAACUGCAUAAAGGCAUGGAAUUUUACAAGCACAGAAAUUGGGAACAAUAAUGAAGUUAGCCUCUUAUGGUUGUGGAUCUUGAUCCCAGUAAUAUCGAUUCUGGUUAUAUUCCUAGGUGGGGUUUUCGUAUAUUUCACCUGGAGGAGAAAAAAGAAGAGGAUGCAAGUGUUAGAUCAAUCUGAGAAUAUAGAGAUUCAGAUUCAGAAUUCAGCUACUGCACCUCAGAGAUUCCAGCUGAAGGACUUGAAACGAGCAACCGGGAACUUUGAUCCCAAGAACAUUCUUGGAAGAGGAGGAUGUGGAGUAGUCCUCAAAGGGUUGUUAGCUGAUCAAAAAGAGGUGGCUGUGAAGAGAUUCUUUAAUGAUUCAAGUCAAGGGGCAAAAGAUCUGAUAGCAGAAGUCACAACCAUAGGCAAUCUCCACCACAAGAACCUUGUCAAAUUGAUAGGAUGGUGCUACGAGAGCAAUGAACUUCUUGUAGUCUAUGAGUUCAUGCCAAAUGGGAGCUUGGACAAGUUGAUACUUUGCGAAGAAAACAGAGAAAGGUUGAGUCUGAAUUGGGAAAUAAGGCAUGGCAUCAUCUGUGGGAUUGCUCAAGCACUGGAUUAUCUGCACAAUGGGUGUCAGAAAAGAGUAAUUCACAGAGACAUAAAAGCUAGCAACAUCAUGCUCGACUCAGAACUCAAUGCUCGGAUAGGAGAUUUUGGAUUAGCUAGGACAGUUCAAGUGAAUGGAAAGACUCAUCAUUCAACAAAAGAGAUUGCUGGAACAAUAGGCUAUAUGGCACCAGAGAGUUUCCAUAUAGGCCGAGCCACAGUUGAAACAGACGUCUUUGCAUUUGGAGUGCUCGUUCUUGAAGUUGCUUGUGGUCGAAAACCUGGAAAACAAUUUGAGGAGAAUAACCAUAGUAACAGAGUCAUUGGAUAUGUAUGGGACCUGUACAAGAUUGGAAGGAUCAUUGAUGCCAUAGAUGUAAGAUUGGAUAGAGACUUUGAUGAAGAGCAAGCUGAAUGUGUGUUAAUAUUAGGAUUGGCUUGCUGUCAUCCAAAUCCCUAUGAAAGGCCAAGCAUGAAAACUACUUUGCAGAUUCUUACAGGGGAAUCAGUUCUGCCAAAUAUCCCCACUGAGAAACCUGCAUUUGUAUGGCCAGCCAGAGCUCCAUCGUCUAACGAAGCUGCUGGUGACUCUCUCCAGGAUGGACAACUUACAAUUACAGUACUCAGUGGCAGAUGACUGCAGAGUUUAAGGAUCAUCAUCAAGGUUCACAAAAACUAUUGCUCAUUGUCAA